UGCCGGGUGCCCCAAAAGCCCAGUGCCGCGCCGGCCGGCGCAGCCGUCGGAAACAGUUCGCGGAGCGAGUUCGGAUAAGGACGCCGUGGCGAGUCCCCACCGUGGUAUCGCCGGGCGUAACAUUCACGGUUCAGUUCGUUGGCACUCUCAGCUCAAGAGUGUCCGGACUUUUUCGGAAGCCGACCCUCAAAAGUGAUACUGUUGACCGAAAAUACACGCGAAAUAGACUAGUGACCGUGAAAAUCCGCCAAACCGAUGCUGUUGCGCGGUGUUUUGGCUUCUAAACCCUCAACCCGCCCCGACGGCAACCGCGCUAAAUCUGGAGCUGGGCUUCGUUGGCUGAGGAUUUUGUAACGUGGGUUCAUCAUGAGGCCGCGUGUACUGCUGUGAUGUGGUUGAAGAAAGCUCACUGGACUCACGUGUGGACAUUUCAAGUGUGAUCAUUCGUACCCUGCACUGAAAAAGGACACCAUUUAAGGAUGGAGUCGUUGACCAUGGACACGCUGCCGGACGACGAACUGAUGCAGGUCUUCAGCUACCUGCCCGUCGUCGCACUGCUCGGGUGCCGCGCGGUGUGUCGCCGAUGGAGGAAACUGGCGCUACACCCACACUUGUGGCGACGCUUGUCCACGCGUGACGCCACGCAGUUGCACUGGGCCGCUCUCCGCCUCGCCCCUUGUGUUCGCCGCCUAACAAUCGGCAGCUACGUCAAUAUGACAUCCUCUUGCCGAGCGAAUCUGGUCCACAGUGCGCUGCUGGCCGCGGACACGCAAUGCGCAGCAGCCGAGCUGGCUCUGGAGAUUUUGGACACACCAAUGCUGGUUGUGUGCACCCUCGCAGUCCGCAGACAGGCGGCGUUGGGCCGACUACGUCAGGUGAAAAUCUACCUUCAACUGCGCGGCACACGCGAUAGCGGCUGUAUCCCCGCCCUCCUGCAGGAAGUGCAAGCUGUGAAAGGUUUAGUGAAGCUGGAGCUGGAUGGUGUGCUGCCUUCAUCAAUUCCAGCGCUGCCGAAGACAGCCGUCCUCGACCGUGGCGCAGUGGAGCCGUGUCUCAUUCACUUCAAGUUCAACUUCUUGGAUGCUUCGGUGGGGCGGCAUCAGCUCCCCUUCUUGGCGGACCACUUGGCCACACUGGAGAAGAUUGAGACGAGAAGCCACCAUCCAGAACUCGCUGCUUUGGUAUCUAAUGCCCUCAGGCUUCGCAAGUUGGCCUGCCCCUUGCUCGACAACAUGAUGGCUCUCAAGGUCUGCCCAAGCCUGACGUCACUGCAUCUGCACUGCUUUAAGGACGACUCCCCCCAGGGUGCCAGUCGCCGCGCUGCCGUGAGCGCGUACCUGCGAGUGGCCACCUCGACGAAGCUCACGCGCCUCAAGCUGCAGUUCUACGCUUACGGGGACGCGCCCGAGCACGCCGCCCUGCUGCAGUCCGUGGCCGGGGAGAGCGCCACCCCCAGGCCCUCCACGCUGCGCUGCCUCGCCCUGGACUUCUGCUCCAACGACGAGGAUCGCCUCUGCGCGAAGGACUUCCCGCCGCUCGAGCUGCGACCCCUGGCCGCCGUCCUGGACCGCCUCACCAGCCUCAGGCACCUCAGCCUCGUGGCCGCGCCCGCGGACGCCUUCCUGGACGCCAUCAGUCCCGAGGCGCUGCCGGAACUCGUCAAGCUGAAGGUGUACUCGCUGGAAGACUGCAGCCACGAGUGGUUCCACUCCAGUGCGGUGACGGGCGUUCUGAAGCGCAACCCGCGUCUCCACUUGGUCAUCGAAAUGUGUGGCUGUUCCGAGCUGCUUCGAGAAUUGUUCCCAGAGACAGAAGACUGCACCUUCUGCGCCGAGGACUGCCGCCCUCGCUGCCCAGACCAUUUCUGGAAAGUCGGUGGCAAGGCCGUAUUUUUCUCCCACCUCGAGACUGAGAAAUGUGGACUCAUGGAAAUUCACAAACCUGUGUCUACAGGGCUUCAGUGGAUGAAGGUGUGACGUUUCUGAUUUGUACCGGAAUAUUGGAAGGAUGUUUUGUCAAACCCCCGCCACGGUUUCUUGCUGAAAUGUGUGCGUAAUUUACGAAUCUUUGUUUACCUUUUGUCUUUUACAUACAUUUCAUGUCGUGUGCUGCAUUCUUGGUUCGUUGGUAUUACCAAACCCUCGCGCUACUCACACACUUAAAAGAACAUCAUUAUUGAUAUGAAACUGUGACUGACUGUUUUGUUUAUUGUUUAAUGUUUGCGCAAUAGUUGUGUGAAUAAAAGCUUCUUUCUUUUGA